CUCUCAUUUUUAUUGCAAGGAGGACACAUCACAAGCACUAUAUACAAAUAUAAAUAAUUUUACGUAUAUGUUUAUAUCAGUCUAAAAAUGCGGUGUCGUUCACUUUCACUCGAUAGUGCGCACUACGGAGUGGACGAGCUGCUCUCCGGUGAAACAUCUACGUCAGAUUUCACUGGCAGUUUCUGAUUCGUUUCUCCCACGUUGUCACAAGCAGAGACGCGCAGUGAACCGCCACAUCCCUUUACCGACCGAGGCGGGCUCUCGGUUACCGAACCCUGUCGAACCGGGGCUGUUUGGUGUUGUUUUGGUCCGGGAUGGCGUUCAUGGAGCAGCAGCCGCAGCCGUUGUCCGGCAGGAAGCCGCCGCUGGACGACACCGUGCCGCUGAUCGCCGUGAUCGAGGCCAGCCAGAGUUUACAGUCACACACGGAGUACAUCAUUCGUGUACAGAGGGGCGUUUCCACAGACAACAGCUGGACGGUCAUCCGCAGAUACAGCGAUUUUGACAUGCUGAAUAAUAGUUUACUGAUCUCCGGCCUCAACCUGCCACUUCCUCCUAAGAAGCUGUUAGGAAACAUGGACCGAGAGUUUAUAGCCGAGCGUCAGAAGGGUCUCCAGGCCUAUCUGAACUACAUCACACGUCACCACAUCCUCUCCAGCUGUGAGCUGGUCAAAAAGUUUCUCGACACUAACAAUUACUCAGUAAACUACACAGAAAUAGCCUUACAGCAGGUGUCCAUGUUCUUCAGAUCCGAUCCAAAAUGGGAGGUUAUUGAGCCGUUAAAAGACAUUGGCUGGCGAUUGCGAAAGAGGUACUUCCUAGUCAAAGACAAAGAUCAACCCAAAGACAAACAAGUAUUAAGUUGGGUGGAUUUGGGUCCAGAUAAGUUCCUGUCCGACAAAGAUCUCCAGUCUGCAAUGAAGCUGCUUCCAACUCUGUCUCAUUCAAACAUCUCUCCCGUCAGUUUCGCUACAACCAGUGAAUCGUCUGCUCUAGUCAUUCGAGUUUUCAGCGAGAAAGGAACACUUAGGGAUCACAUCUGCAAGGUGAAGCCCAAAGAGCCCUUUCUGAAGAAGUACUGCAAUCCCAAAAAGAUCCAGGGUUUGGAGCAGCAGCAGAUCCGAACCUACGGAAGACAGAUUCUGGAGGCACUAAAAUUUCUCCAUGACAAGGGUUUUCCGUAUGGGCAUCUUCAUGCGUCUAACGUCCUGAUCGAGGAGAACACGUGUAAAUUGUUGGAUAUAGAGAAUUCUUUACUGGGACUGCCGUCAUAUUACCGACCCUAUGUAACACAGUUCAGGAAAAUUAAUACAACAGAAAGCAUAGACGUCUACUCAUUUGGACAUUUGCUGUAUGAAAUGACGUACGGCCGCCCGCCUGACGCUGUGCCUGUGGAUCAGUAUCCUCCGGCUCCGUUCUCAUCCGUAGUCUCUGUGCUUCAGUCCAUCCUGUCCACGGAAGCUUGCAAAACAGGAAUGCCAACCGUUUCCCAACUCCUACAAACACCGUUAUUCAAUGACGUGCUGCUGUUUAACUCUGAGAAACCCCAGUUUAAGAUCAGCUCCAAAUUAAAGGAGGCUCUGAAAUCGUCCAAGGAAUGCUUGGAGAAGCGCCUAGUUGAGGAACAGAGGACGAUUCACCAGCACAAGAGGCUGACGCGAGCGCAGUCGCACCACGGCUCCGAGGAAGAGAAGCGGAAAAGGAAGAUCUUGGCCAGAAAGAAAUCGAGACAGUCAACGUAUGAAAAUGAGGAGGAUCUUUCUGUCAAAUACAAUAACAACUCUGGUUCUGGGGCGAGUUCACCUCCAACCUGCCCGUCCUCACCCACUCCCUUACCAGGAUCAGGAGCACCUCCAGCACCUCCUCUUCCUCCCCCCGCUGCUCAUCCUCCUCCUCCUCCUCCUCCACCUCCUCCCGGGAAUGAACCCGUCCCUCCGCCCCUCUCGCCUGCCGGUGGCAACGGCGCGGGCAGGAGUGCCCUCCUCAGCUCCAUCCAGUCCUUCAAUAAAGGCAAACUGAAAAAAUCAGAUACUGUUGACUGCAGCAACCCACGUUUGUGAAAAAAAGAAAAAAACACACACACUCGUCUUUGUUUUAGUGCAGUUUGUCCACUCGAAGUCUUUUAGCAACUUGCGUCUAGCGGUGAAAAGUGACUUUUUGUACCUGAACUUCUUCAGUGUUUGUUUUGUUCGUUCGUUUUAUUCACAGCCCUGCAUUUUUUGUUUUGUUUUAAGCUGCUCGAUGUAACCUAAACAGUUCUGCUUGGACCAACUGUCGUAUUUAAACAAUGGACUUGCACACUCAUUUGGACGAAAAAAAUCUUCAUUUUAAAGUACUGACUUCUGAAGGCGAAGGCACAGGAUGGUGGAGAAUGCGGGCAGCACAUUUACUAUGAAUGAAAACGUAACUGGAUUUUAUUGUUGGUUCAUAAAACGAGUGAUAUUUGAUUCUGACAUUUUAAUUCGACUUUGGUUAUGGGUUUGGGAUGAUGCUUUUUAGGCGUUUGCCACAUUUACCAUUGUGCCUACAAAAGCUGAGAGCAUUCUUUGUUCUCUUCGUUUUUUUCCUGCGGAAAUUUUGAGCUACAUUGUUCGUAUUUUCUUUCAGAACAAAGUAAUACUUGCAUUCCUGUUCUGCAAGAUCACAAUCAAUAUGUUGCGCAAAUAGCGACAUUUAUACGAUGCGUUUAUCAUUUACGCCCCUUAAUGACACAAUGAACGAUGGCUUUGAAUUACCACUGACGUGAUUGUAUAAUGACCGUUGUUAUGUCACUUACGCCGUCUAAUCCUAUUGGCUGUUGCAGCCCGGUAUAGAAUUUCAGCCAAUCAGAGACGAGAAAGUUGUGGUAAAUGGAAGUGAUUUCUUGUUUUGCACACAUAUAGAGAGAAAGAAACUUCUAUAAUUCAAAUUCAUCGCAGGGUCCUGUUGAAAACCAGAUCCAUUUGUAAUCUAGAAUGAUGUACCUCCUGUAACAGUAAACUCAUUUGUAUAUAGAUUCAUACAGACACUGAAAACAUUAUAGCUAUAUACCGUAAUAUGUAUUCCCGGCUUUAUCGUGGGGGAAGAGUUUAAUAAUGUUUUCAUUUUCGCUACAGCACUUUACCGCUGAAUAUUUAGCAGUGGUCUGGAGAAGAAGAAAUCUUCAAAAGUUUACACAGAGAUUUAUGUAUGUUUGAGGACAGGAGAGGAAUCAGUGUGUUUGAUAAUGAAGAAAAUUGCCACUGAUUUUUGCCUCUGUACAAUUGCCACAACCGUUGUUCAAAGCACUGGAGGUGAACAUCCUCAAAAUGCUACAAAAUAGUUUUCAAUGUUCUGAAAAACUUGUAUUGACAAUAUUUUAAAAGAAUGGUCUUGUGCUUUUAGUUGUGAACAUUGAAGUAAAGACAAUGGAACAGA